AUGGCUGACGAAGAAGAGCGCGUCAAGGCUGAGAAGCUAGCCGCCGCCAAAAAGAGGGUAGCCCAAUUGCAGAAACAAAAGAAGAGAGCCAGCAAGAAGUCCACCGGUCCAGACGCUCUCAAGGACUCGGAAACCCCCAAAGACUCGGCCACUCCUGCGGAAGAAACGCCCGCGCCGAAAGAGAAGCAAGAUGAAACCACUGCCACCCCCGAAGCCACAGAGAAGAAGCCAGAGGAGGGAGGAGAAGAACAGAAGGAGGAAGAGAAGCCCACUGAUCCGGGGCAAUCUUCCGAACGCGAAGGAUCCCCAACCGAACCUAUGCCCGAAGCCCCUACGGCCCUCCCGUCAGAAAUCGACUCUUCAAGACUAGACGCCCCGCGUCCUCAUGGCCGCCAGCCAUCACUAUCAAUUCAGUCAAAGAUGCGGUCCUCAUCAUUCCGCAAAACCUCUGUCUCCCAAGGCAGUGUUUCGCCUUCUCCGUCUACUAUAAGGUCGCCGUCGUUACCUCCCUUGAAUGCUGAUGGGGAUUCGGUUCAGGAGGUUUACCGGAAACAGUCUACGCAAAUUGGGGAGUUGGAGAAGGAUAACAAGCGGCUAGAAAAGGAGCUCGAGGAAGCUACUGGGCGGUGGCGGAAAACCGAGGAGCAGCUGGAAGACCUCCAAGAAACUACUGCUGAUAUGGCGGAACUGAAAGAUAAGUUGGAGAAGGCGGAGCAAAAGGUCGCAGAGAUUGAUGCACUGGCUGGUAUGUUGAUGUACGCACAGAAAGAGGAAAUUGCUUCUCUUCAAAGACAGAACUCACAUCUCCAAUCAAAGUCUCAUCGCAACAAUGCACCUGAAUCUCUGCCAUCUGACCUAGUACAACAACUAGAAUCCAAGUCUGCCACUAUCGAAGCGAUGGAGUUGGAGAUUUCUAACCUUCGUGCCAAUGAGACCCAAAUCAACACAUUAGAGCAAAAGGUCUCAACUAGCGAGUCGGCUCUUGGGGAAACACAGCGCGAACUUGCUGACACUAAGCAAGCUCUCACUCGGGCUUCUGAGAAGGCAGUCAAGGAAGGCGUCGAGAAGACAUCUACAGAGACCCUGAUCAAGAACUUGGAGCGGGAGAUUGAACAACUGAAGCAAAACAAGACUGAAGCAGAGAAGAAGAACGAGACACUUGAGAAGAAACUUGAAGCACUUGGGAACCUUCACAGAGAGUCUGAAUCACGGCACCAGGCCCGCCUCCAAGAAGGCGAAAAAACCGAGAAAGAAGCAGCGGUUCUGAAAAAUAAAUUAGCCAGCGUCGAAAACGAAAACCUGCGCUUGAAGGAAGAGCAAGAGUCUCUCAAUAUUCGCCUAAAAGAACAACAGGAGCCUGGCAGCAAACGUGAUCUUAGCGGCGGAGCCGACGACGAAGCCCUAGAUGAGCUCGAAAACGAAGGCCGUGCCCAUCUGGAGCGCCGUAUCCGCGAGCUCGAAGGUGAGGUCUUCGAACUUCGUCGCGGUGUCUGGAAGGAGAGACGACAAGAACUCGAAGCAGAUCAAUACGGCCUGACCCCACCCAACGAGUCAGACGCCAAUGCAUUCGACGACGUCGAUUUGGUUGGCGGUGCUCCGGAACACGCUCGACGGCGCAGCAUCGCCCAACAACAACAACAACAACAACAACAACAACAACAGCGCCACUCCUCUUUCUCCACCGUCCUAUCAAGCGGCCUCGCUGCCUUUACUGGUGGCGGAAACAACCGCGGCCGUGCAUCCUCGAGUACUAGUAACCAGAACCAAGGCUAUCCCCCGGCUACACGCGGAAGUCUGGAACUCCUCUCGGAAGAGAAUAUCGACGAUUUCGACGAGGACGCAUUCGCGCGCGCGCAAGCUGAAGAAGAAGGAAGAAAGCGCGUGGAGUGGGCGAGGGAGAUCAAGUCUAAGCUUAAUGAAUGGAAAGGGUGGCGGUUGGAUUUGGUGGAUAGUAGGGCUGGGGCUGAGGGUGCGGGUGUUGGUAUGGGUGAGAUUUUUGUCAUUUAG